AUGUCUCCUAGGCUCACCCUUUUGUUUGUUAUUUUCUGCCUCCUAUGUGCCAUGACAUUGGCUUCUGACCCUGACCCAGUUCAAGACUACUGCAUACCAAACCCAAAAUUAGGUGUCAUAAAAACACCUCUUCACACCUUCCUUCCAUGCAAGAACUCAUCUGAGGCUACCACCGAUGACUUCGUCUUCUCCGGGAUGAAGGUGGCCGGAAACUUCACUGACACGGGCCUCGCAGCCAUCUCAGUCAACCCAACAAUCUUCCCCGGGAUCAACACACUAGGGAUGUCAUUUGUAAGAGCUGACCUCAACGUUGGUGGAAUCAAUCCACCACAUUUUCACCCAAGAGCCACAGAAAUAUCCCAUAUAGUGCAAGGGAGUGUUUACUCAGGGUUUGUUGAUUCAACCAAUAGGGUUUUUGCAAGGGUUAUUGAACAAGGGGAAGUCAUGGUGUUCCCUAGGGGUCUAGUGCACUUCCAAAUGAAUGUUGGUAAAAAGCCUGCGACAAUUUUUGGAAGCUUCAAUAGCCAAAACCCAGGAAUGCAAAAGAUCCCAUCUGCCAUUUUUGGGUCUGGGAUUAAUGAUGAGCUCUUGGAGAAGGCCUUUGGAUUGAGUUCAAAGCAGAUUGGAACUAUGAGAAGAAGAUUUGAUCCAAAAAGGGUGAGGCUCUAA